GCAGUGGAAGGAGCUGAAGUGCAGAAGUCGUGCGUCCGGGCUGCCCUCAAUGAUUACAACUACUCGGGAGGGGGGCCUUAAAAGGACAUGAUACAAGACAACGUGUUUGAAAGAUGCUGAAAAUGGUUCUGCAAAAGUGAACAGUGAGAACAGCAAAACAGCAAUGCCAUUACCCUGUCCCCUGACCCGGUACACAAAAACAGAAACCUCACAGGGCCUGAGCGUAGCUGGUAUGCCCCCAGUGCUCUGCUUCCCUGCCAACCAAUGCACUCAGAGGACCAGCAGACUUGAAAGACCAUAGUCAUGACCGACUCCAAAUAUUUUACCACCAACAAAAAAGGUGAGAUCUUCGAGCUGAAGGCGGAGUUGAACAAUGAGAAAAAGGAGAAGAGAAAGGAGGCAGUCAAGAAGGUCAUUGCUGCCAUGACGGUGGGGAAGGAUGUCAGCUCCUUGUUUCCAGACGUGGUGAACUGCAUGCAGACGGACAACCUGGAGCUGAAGAAGCUGGUGUACCUCUACCUGAUGAACUACGCCAAGAGCCAGCCCGACAUGGCCAUCAUGGCCGUCAACAGCUUCGUAAAGGACUGCGAGGACCCCAACCCUCUGAUCCGUGCCCUGGCCGUGCGCACCAUGGGCUGCAUCCGAGUGGACAAGAUCACCGAGUACCUGUGCGAGCCGCUGAGGAAGUGUCUGAAGGACGAGGACCCCUACGUCAGGAAGACGGCGGCGGUGUGCGUGGCCAAGCUCCACGACAUCAACGCCCAGAUGGUGGAGGACCAGGGCUUCCUGGACUCCCUGAGGGACCUCAUCGCCGACUCCAACCCCAUGGUGGUGGCCAACGCAGUGGCGGCUCUGUCGGAGAUCAGCGAGUCCCACCCCAACAGCAACCUGCUGGACCUCAACCCCCAGAACAUCAACAAGCUGCUCACGGCCCUCAACGAGUGCACCGAGUGGGGCCAGAUCUUCAUCCUGGACUGCCUGUCCAACUACAACCCUAAGGAUGAGCGAGAGGCCCAGAGCAUCUGUGAGCGUGUCACCCCCCGGCUGUCCCACGCCAACUCGGCGGUGGUUCUGUCCGCCGUCAAGGUGCUGAUGAAGUUCCUGGAGCUGCUGCCCAAGGAGUCGGACUACUACAACACCCUGCUGAAGAAGCUCUCCCCCCCCCUGGUCACCCUGCUGUCCGGGGAGCCAGAGGUCCAGUACGUGGCCCUCAGGAACAUCAACCUCAUCGUCCAGAAAAGGCCUGAGAUCCUGAAGCAGGAGAUCAAGGUGUUCUUUGUGAAAUACAACGACCCCAUCUAUGUGAAGCUGGAGAAACUGGACAUCAUGAUUCGCUUGGCCUCCCAGGCCAACAUAGCCCAGGUGCUGGCUGAGCUGAAGGAGUACGCCACCGAGGUCGACGUGGACUUUGUUCGCAAGGCCGUCAGGGCCAUCGGACGCUGCGCCAUCAAAGUCGAGCAAUCCGCCGAGCGCUGCGUCAGCACGCUGUUGGACCUCAUCCAGACCAAGGUCAACUAUGUGGUGCAGGAGGCCAUCGUGGUCAUUCGGGACAUCUUCCGCAAGUAUCCCAACAAGUACGAGAGCAUCAUCGCCACGCUGUGUGAGAACCUGGACUCCCUGGACGAGCCCGACGCGCGCGCCGCCAUGAUCUGGAUCGUGGGCGAGUACGCCGAGCGCAUCGACAACGCCGACGAGCUGCUGGAGAGCUUCCUGGAGGGCUUCCACGACGAGAGCACGCAGGUCCAGCUCACUCUGCUGACCGCCAUCGUCAAGCUGUUCCUCAAGAAACCCUCUGAGACCCAGGAGCUGGUCCAGCAGGUCCUCAGCCUGGCCACGCAGGACUCUGACAACCCGGACCUGCGCGACAGGGGCUACAUCUACUGGCGCCUGCUGUCCACCGACCCGGUCACCGCCAAGGAGGUGGUGCUGUCCGAGAAGCCCCUGAUCUCGGAGGAGACGGACCUCAUCGAGCCCACCCUGCUGGACGAGCUCAUCUGCCACAUCGGCUCGCUGGCCUCCGUCUACCACAAGCCCCCCAACGCCUUCGUGGAGGGCAGCCACGGCAUCCACCGCAAGCACCUGCCCAUCCAGCACAGCAGCACGGAGACCGGGGAGAGCCCGGUGAGCAGUGGGCCCGCCCCGCCCAUGGACCAGACCAGCGUGAUCCCCAGCCAGGGGGAUCUGCUGGGGGACCUUCUCAACCUGGACCUGGGCCCCCCCGUCAACGUGCCCCAGGUGUCCUCCAUGCAGAUGGGGGCCGUGGACCUGUUGGGAGGAGGGCUGGACAGCCUGCUCGGGGGAGAUCUGGGCGGAGGUGUUGGGGGAAGUCCUGCUGUGGGGCAGAACUUCAUCCCGUCCUCGGUGCCCAACACGUUCGCCCCGUCGCCCACGCCCGCCGCCCUCAGCAGUGGCCUCAACGACCUGUUCGAGCUCUCCACCGGCAUGGCCAACACCACCGGGGGCUACGUCAUUCCCAAAUCCGUGUGGCUCCCAGCCGUCAAAGCCAAGGGUCUGGAGAUCUGCGGGACGUUCUCUCGGCGCCAGGGACACAUGUACAUGGACAUGACCUUCACCAACAAGGCCCUGCAACACAUGUCGGACUUCGCCAUCCAGUUCAACAAGAACAGCUUCGGGAUGAUCCCCACCAGCCCCCUGCCCAUCCACACCCCCCUGAUGCCCAGCCAGACCAUCGAGGUGUCCCUGCCUCUCAACACCAUCGGGCCGGUCAUGAAGAUGGACCCUCUCAACAACCUACAGGUGGCCGUGAAGAACAACAUCGACGUGUUCUACUUCAGCGGGCUCAUCCCCCUCAACAUAUUCUUUGUGGAAGAUGGAAAAAUGGAGCGCCAGGUGUUCCUCGCCACAUGGAAGGACAUCCCCAACGAGAAUGAGCUGCAGUACCAGAUUAAGGAGUGCCACCUUAAUGCAGACACGGUGUCGGGCAAACUGCAGAGCAACAACAUCUACACCAUCGCCAAGAGGAACGUGGAGGGCCAGGACAUGCUGUACCAGUCCCUCAAACUCACCAACGGCAUCUGGAUCCUGGCCGAGCUCCGCAUCCAGCCCGGGAACCCCAACUACACGGUACGAGAACUCCCCCAAAGGCUUUCGCUUUCAAACCGGGGGAUAUCAUGCUUUUUUACUUUUCCCUUUGCUUUAGACCAGGGGUCACCAACCUUUUUGAACCUGAGAGCUACUUCAUGGGUACUGAGUCAUACGAAGGGCACCCCGUUUGAUACACUCUUCUGAAAUAACAAAUUUGCUCAGUUUGCCUUAAGUUACAU